UGAUUUGUUUAUUUUAGUUAAUGACCAUAUAUUUUAAUAUUAUGUUUAACGUGUUACUAAAAAGAGCAUUAUAAAUGAUUUCUGUAUUAAACAAUUUACUAACUGCCAACAAAAUAUUACCACAAAUCCUUCACAAAAUAUUGGUCACAAGAACUUUAACAAACUCUUCGCGGGAAACACAAAAAAUGACCUCAAAUCAAGACUUUUGCACCGACAUUGUAUGGAUGGAUUUAGAAAUGACUGGCCUAGAUAUAAUUAAAGACAAAAUAUUAGAAGUAUCAUGUCUUAUAACGGACAAACAUUUAAAUGUUUUAGCCGAAGGACCCUGUUUUGCCAUCAAUCAUCCAGAAAAUGUUUUUAGGGAAAUGAAUGAUUGGUGUAUUAAGCAUCACAAUGAAUCGGGUUUGGUAGAGAAAUGCUUGAAAUCGUCAAUAACAAAUGAAAAAGGUGAACAAUUGAUAAUUGACUUUUUAAAACAGCAUAUACCUAAAGGCAAAUGUCCUUUGGCGGGUAAUUCGGUUUAUAUGGAUAGGUUAUUUUUACGUCAAGAGAUGCCCUUAGUAGAUGAUUAUAUGCAUUAUCGUAUUAUUGAUGUUUCUACCAUAAAAGAAUUAGCACGACGUUGGCAUCCUAAAUUAUUAGAUGCAGCUCCCAAAAAGAAAUUUGCCCAUAGAAGUUUAGAUGAUAUUUACGAAAGUAUUAAGGAGUUAAAAUUCUAUAGAGAACAUUUUUUUAAAGAAAAUUAGUUAAAUACAAUCAAUAUAAUAAAUUAGACGCACAGACAAAUUUUAAAAAAU